AUGGAAGAAGAAUCAAGCAUGGCUCAAGCUUCUUUUCUUUGCCUUCUCCUCAGUUUUUCAAUCAUAAUCCUUUCUAAUGCAGCCGAUAUAAGCAUAGACUGUGGAUCAUCAAGCUCGCACAUUGAUGCGGACAACAGAACGUGGGUGGGAGACACGGCCUAUGUAACCACCGGUUUGACGUCCACAUUUAAACCAUUAGUCAAAACCGAUGAUUCUCUAACCACACUCCGGUAUUUCCCUACGGGAGAGACCAACUGUUUCUCCAACAUUCCGGUAGAUAAAGGUGGGAAAGUGUUAGUUAGGACAAGAUUCAACUACGGGGACUACGACGGAGAGAGCAAGGCUCCCAAGUUCGAUGUCGUGUACGACGGAAAACAUCGAGAUUCGGUCAUCACGACGACAUCGAUCAGCGGUUCUCGAUCGGAGGCGAUAUUUGUUCCUGAGAGCGGGAAUACUAGUGUUUGCUUUUUCCGUACGUUUUUGAACGAAAACCCUUUUGUGUCUACCAUUGAAGUACGGAGGUUGGAUAACUCCAUGUACACCGAUCUUGGCCCCAAGGAAGGUUUCAUUCUCCAGCAACGCAUCGCCUACGGCAGGCUGCAAGAAUUAGUAAGGUCCCCAUUUGAUCCUUAUGAUAGAAUUUGGGCGCCAACACCACUUUCGACCGUAACUCUAACAAGUGCUGCCACAUCUAUCAACACAACAUGGGCUGACAAUCGACCACCGGAGAUUGUCCUCCGGACCGGCUGGUCACGGAAGGACAUGGCUUUCUAUGAUAUAAACCUACCUUUUUCCGGAGUAACAUUUUACAUUGUCCUCUAUUUCUCCGAACCACUAAGCCUUGCUUCCGACCAAAAGCGGUCUUUCUAUGUUUACUAUGACAACAAGCAAGUGAGUCCAAGUACAAUUAUGCCACCUUUCGGUGCUGUGACGCAAGCUGUUUUGAGGGCUGUGGUGACGACUAAGCUUCCCUAUCUGACGUUUAAAGCUACACCAGACUCUACUUUGGACCCACUCAUCAACGCUCUCGAGCUCUAUGUCAUUAGUAAUAGUGGUGGAAAUGGGACGAGUUCAACGGGCACCGGCGGUGGAGGCAGUCCUAGCACUGGCGGUGGUGGAGGCAGUCCUAGCUCUGGCGGUGGUGGUGGCACCCCUAGCACUGGCGGUGGUGGUGGCAGCUCAGGCUCCGAUGGUGGUGGAGGCAAAUCCGGAUGGUUUGAUAAAAUAUAUGUUCUUGAAUGGCCUUUUUUUGUGAUAUAUGUGUAUGAAGAUUCUUCAGGGGAGAAAAGCAGCAACUUAGGUUUACCUCUUGGAAUUUCAAUUCCAUCGUUUGCUGUUCUUGGAACUGGUGGUUGGUUCGCCUGGAAACUAAUCUUCAAACCCAAGCGCCACCCUGAAUCAGAAAGUAUAUAUUAUCCUCUCUUUUCUUCAUGA